AUGGAGGUGGAGGGGUGAGAAAGAAAACAAAAGGCUAGAGACAAAAUGGUUACAGUCUCCUCUGGCUCUGAAUUUGGUACCGGUAGGUGAGUUUAGUUCUGGAGCUCUGCUCCUCUAUGUUUCGCUACAGCUAUUCAUCUGCACUCCUUCAUGCACAAUCCCAACGGCAGCUACUGUCUGUUACAGCUCUCUCUUCUCUGGCCAUCUGACAGCAUAGACAUUAAAACAGGAAAUUAUCUAUCGCUUUUGCCUGACUACCUUCCUGCCUUGGAGAGCUCAAAUGGAGAGUCCAAACAUCUGCCAGUCGUUGUCGUCUCCGACAGUUGAACCCAUCUGUCAUCUCCCGGAGCGUAGGCUUCUGUUGCUGGGGGGACCAGGAGCUGGGAAGAGCACCACAGGGAAUGCCAUCCUAGGUGAGGUGGUCUUCCAGACUGGGACAGAGACUGUCCACAGCACCGCCAUGGGGGGGUCUGCGGGAGGCGGAUCACUGUGGUUGACACCCCAGGCUGGAUUAUACCCCGUGACUCAGCGGAUGAUGCCACCGGGGCCCCGACAGAGCGGGCUAGCGAGGAGGGACCCUGUGUCGGUGCCACCCUCUGUCCCCCAGGACCCCACGCGCUCCUGCUGGUGGUCCCUGUGUCACAGCCCUUCACAGAGGGUCACAGUAAGGCAGCAGAGAAGCAGCUGGGUCAUUUAGGAGGAGGGGCCUGGAGGUCCACCAUGGUGCUCUUCACUGGGAUCGACCAGCUACCUGAGGGGACGUUCGUGGAGGAGUUCAUCGCAGCUGGGGAGCCCCUUCAGUGGCUGGUGGAGAGGUGUGGUAACAGAUACCAUGGCCUGGAUAGUAACACACAGCAGAGAGGGGAUGACAACACAGUGAACACACAAGUUCAGGAGCUACUGGAGAAGGUAGAGGAGCAGCUUAAGGACAACCAUGGCUGGUAUUUUGCAGUGAACGAACUGAUUCUGCUAGAGGAGGAGCAGGCAAGGAAGGCGGUGGAAGAGAGGCGGGUGAGAGAGGAACGGGAGGAGAAGGAGAGGCAGAGGCUGCGGAUGGUCGGAGGGCCUCCCAGAGGUGACCAACUCUUAUUGCUUCACUCUUAGAAGAAAGGGUUUCAAAAGGGUUCUUUGGCUGUCCCCAUGGGAGAACAUUUGAAGAACCCUUUUGAGUUCCAGGUAGGUAGAACGCUUUAGGAUUCCAUGUAGAACCCUCUGUGGAAAGGGUUUUACAUGGAACCCCAAAAGGGUUAUACAGUGAGGGAAAAAAGUAUUUGAUCCCCUGCUGAUUUUGUACGUUUACCCACUGACAAAGACAUGAUCAGUCUAUAAAUUUAAUGGUAGGUUUAUUUGAACAGUGAGAGACGGAAUAACAACAAAAAAAUCCAGAAAAAACGCAUGUCAAUAGUGUUAUAAAUUGAUUUGCAUUUUAAUGAGGGAAAUAAGUAUUUGACCCCUCUGCAAAACAUGACCUAGUACUUGGUGGAAAAACCCUUCACAGAGGUCAGACGUUUCUUGUAGUUGGCCACCAGGUUUGCACACAUCUCAGGAGGAAUUUUGUCCCACUCCUCUUUGCAGAUCUUCUCCAAGUCAUUAAGGUUUCGAGGCUGGCGUUUGGCAACUCAAACCUUCAGCUCCCUCCACAGAUUUUCUAUGGGAUUAAGGUCUGGAGACUGGCUAGGCCACUCCAGGACCUUAAUGUGCUUCUUCUUGAGCCACUCCUUUGUUGCCUUGGCCGUGUGUUUUGGGUCACUGUCAUGCUGGAAUACCCAUCCACGACCCAUUUUCAAUGCCCUGGCUGAGGGAAGGAGGUUCUCACCCAAGAUUUGAUGGUACAUGGCCCCGCCCAUCGUCCCUUUGAUGCGGUGAAGUUGUCCUGUCCCCUUAGCAGAAAAACACCCCCAAAGCAUAAUGUUUCCACCUCCAUGUUUCACGGUGGGGAUGGUGUUCUUUGGGUCAUAGGCAGCAUUCCUCCUCCUCCAAACACGGCGAGUUGAGUUGAUGCGAAAGAGCUUGAUUUUGGUCUCAUCUGACCACAACACUUUCACCCAGUUCUCCUCUGAAUCAUUCAGAUGUUCAUUGGCAAACUUCAGACGGGCCUGUAUAUGUGCUUUCUUGAGCAGGGGGACCUUGCGGGCGCUGCAGGAUUUCAGUCUUUCACGGCGUAGUGUGUUACCAAUUGUUUUCUUGGUGACUAUGGUCCCAGCUGCCUUGAGGUCAUUGACAAGAUCCUCCCGUGUAGUUCUGGGCUGAUUCCUCACCGUUCUCAUGAUCAUUGCAACUCCAGGCUGAGGGAGAUUGACAGUUCUUUUGUGUUUCUUCCAUUUGCGAAUAAUCGCACCAACUGUUGUCACCUUCUCACCAAGCUGCUUGGCGAUGGUCUUGUAGCCCAUUCCAGCCUUGUGUAGGUCUACAAUCUAGUCCCUGACAUCCUUGGAGAGCUCUUUGGUCUUGGCCAUGGUGGAGAGUUUGGAAUCUGAUUGAUUGCUUCUGUGGACAGGUGUCUUUUAUACAGGUAACAAGCUGAGAUUAGGAGCACUCCCUUUAAGAGUGUGCUCCUAAUCUCAGCUCGUUACCUGUAUAAAAGACACCUGGGAGCCAGAAAUCUUUCUGAUUGAGAGGGAGUCAAAUAGCUAUUUCCCUCAUUAAAAUGCAAAUCAAUUUAUAACAUUUUUGACAUGGGUUUUUCUGGAUUUUUUGUUGUUAUUCUGUCUCUCACUCUUCAAAUAAACCUACCAUUAAAAUUAUAGACUGAUCAUUUCUUUGUCAGUUGGCAAACGUACAAAAUCGAAUACAACAGGUGGAGACCUUACUGUGAAAUGCUUACUUACAAGCCCUUAACCAACAAUGCAGUUUUAAGGAAAUAGAGUUAAGAAAAUAUUUAGUAAAUAAACUAAAGUAAAAAAAUAUAUAUAAUAACACAAUAAAAUAACAAUAACGAGGCUAUAUACAGGGGGUACCGGUACUGAGUCAAUGUGCGGGGGUACAGGUUAGUCGAGGCAAUUUGUACAUUUAGGUAGGGUAUACCUGGAGUAUACCUGGAACCCAAAAGGGUUUCUUCAAAGGGUUUGUAACAACGGUUAACGUAAUAACACUGGUUAACGUUGUUACAGGGUUCUCCCAUGGGGACACCCGAAUAACCUUUUUAAAUAUAACCUUAUUUUCUAAGAGUUUUGUAUACUUGGCAUAAUAGUUCAUAAAGGUUUGUGCAAAUAGCAUACAUGUUAUAAAGCUUUCUAGCUCUCCCUGUCUCUCCCAGAGCUGAGGGUCCUCCUGCUGGGCUGGAAAGGAGUGGGAAAAAGUUAUUUAGGGAACACCAUCCUGGGCCGGCGGGACUUUGAGUCGGGGACAGAGAUGGAGCAGAGCCUUAGGAGGCAGGCCGAGGUGGCCGGACGCAGGGUCACCAUAGUAGACACCCCCGGCUGGGACUGGUUCUCCGUCAGACGCACCCCCAAACACGUCAGACAGGAGUCGAAGCGAGGGGCCACCCUCCUCCGGCCUGGCCCCCACACCCUUCUCCUGGUGCUGCCCAUCAUCUCCACCCUCACUGCACGCAAGAGGCGGACCCUGGAGGCCCACCUGGAGGGCCUGUUUGGUGAUAGGGCGUGUCUCCACACUAUGGUGCUGUUUAGCUGCGGGGAUUGGCUGGGCCGCAUGCCCGUCGAGGAGCACAUUCAGAGGGGAGGGCGGGAGCUCCACAGGUUGUUGGAAUACUGUGGGAACUAUUAUCACGUGGUGGACAGCAAGAUGCCGGGGAAGGACACAAGGAACAUCUCAGAUCUGCUGGACAAAAUAGAGGAAAUGAUCAGAGAGAAUGGCGAUGAGGCCUUCUUACCAAUACAGAGUGAGUAUAUGGUAAAUGAUACUGAACCUCUCUCUUUUUUCCCCUGCUGUCAUUAAUGGACUUCUGGAUGAAGUUCAUGUAUGUUGUUAUGAUUGUUUUUGUGAAGCAUUUUUUGUUAUACAGUAUAUAUUGAGGGAGUGAUAGAACCUGCUGCAAAGACCUACUGUAGCCUACCUUCUAGACAUUUACAAUAUGGUUUCUUCAUUCCCUCCUACCUUCCCUCAACAACACUACUCCACCUUCAUUAGGGUUGCAAAAUUCCAGUACAUUUCCUCAGUUUCCAGAAAUCCUGGUUGGAGGAUUCCCAGAUUUCCAGCAUAUAUCUGGGAGAUUUGUGGAAUCUUCCAACCAGGAUUUCUGGGAAACCUGGGAACUUUUGGGGAAAACUUUUAUGCAAACCCCAAAGCAAAUGGAGACAUUUACCAUAACUGCAGAGAUAUGGAGUGUCUUGCCCUUUUAAUUAUGGAUUGUGGUGCCGUCUGUAGAUUAUGGAGUGUUUUGCCAUCUGUUAGCUUUCAGCCAAACUGUGAAAGUUCACCGAAAGUGAAAUUUAGGCGUUCAUUCUGAGUGGUUAAGGUUAAAGGGCAAUUCGACCACUUUUCAACCUCAUUUUCAUUAUCUCCAGCACAAUACCAGUGUCCACAUAUGUGAACAUUUUGUAGAAAAAAAUAUCAAGUUACAAAGUUCUACCUGUUGACAUCAUCAAAAGUUAAAACAUUUUAAAAACGCUUUUAAAAUGAUUUGUGAUGACGCGAGGAGCAAGAAAAUACCCUCCCCCUGACUGGAAACUCAUGGCAGGUUUUGAAAAUCAUUGUUUAUCUCAAUUUUAAUCCUACCAUGUGAUGUCACAGAGAAGCAUUUUUCCCCCACUUUUUAUUCGUAUCUUUUUAACCACAGAUCAUAGAAACACGCCGUUCUCGCAUACAGUGCAUUCGGAAAGUAUUCAGAACCCUUGACUUUUUCCACAUUUUAAUACGUUAAAGCCUUAUUCUAAAAUGGAUGAAAUCGUUUUUCCCCUCAUCAAUCUACACACAGUACCACAUAAUGACAAAGCAAAAACAGUUUAGACAUUUUUGAGAAUCUAUUACAAAUAAAAAAGUCAUAUCACAUUUACAUAAGUAUUCAGACCCUUUACUCAGUACUUUGUCGAAGCACCUUUGGCAGCGAUUACAGCUUAGAGUCUUCUUGGGUAUGACGCUACAAGCUUGGCACACCUGUAUUUGGGGAGUUUCUCCCAUUCUUCUCUGCAGUUCCUCUCAAGCUUUGUCAGGUUGGAUGGGGAGCGUCGCUGCACUCCAGGGAUGUUCGAUCGGGUUCAAGUCCGGGCUCUUUUAUCAAAUAAUGUUUUUGUUUUUUUAAUCUAUGUCCUAAAAUUCUAAAUCAAAUAGCUAAAUGAUCCAUGGUAUGACCAUCUUAAAACAACUCCAUAUGCUUAGAGUCUUCUUGGGUAUGACGCUACAAGCUUGGCACACCUGUAUUUGGGGAGUUUCUCCCAUUCUUCUCUGCAGUUCCUCUCAAGCUUUGUCAGGUUGGAUGGGGAGCGUCGCUGCACUCCAGGGAUGUUCGAUCGGGUUCAAGUCCGGGCUCUUUUAUCAAAUAAUGUUUUUGUUUUUUUAAUCUAUGUCCUAAAAUUCUAAAUCAAAUAGCUAAAUGAUCCAUGGUAUGACCAUCUUAAAACAACUCCAUAUGUUAGCUUAGUACCCCCCCCCCCCCCCCCCCCCCCCCCCCCCGCCCCCCCGCCCCCAGAGGAUACGUUUUGAGAUAAAUUGGGUUAUUUUGUGUUUGACAGUGGAUGAAGACAGCCCUGGGUCAUCUGAGAACAACAACCCUGAAGAGGACUGUAGCAGAGGAUGCCAGCUCCAGUAGUGCCAAGGGAGAAAGUAGCCAAGAGCACAUGCUUACACACUGUAAGAUGGACACGUUCCCACCGCCCAAGCCAAAACAUUUACAUUUCAAAGUGGCCUGGUGUAGAAUUACACUGGAAAUGAAAUGAAAGAACACAUACAAUGGCUUCAGAAAGUAUUCACACCCCUUGACUUUUUCAAAAAAUGGAAUAAGUCAAGGGGUGUGAAUACUUUCUGAAGGCACUGUACAUGUACUCAAGGUAGUUGGGUCAUUCUUGAAUUGCUGUGGCAUUUGCACCCCUCGCCUUUGUAACCAUGAAAAACACUAAAAAGGACAAAUUGUUACACAUCAUUCAUGUUUUUGUUUAUAUUGAACUGCUUAUCAAUGAUAAAACAUAAUGCAAGUCCUUUAUACUGCAAAACUGUAUGCAGUACUUAGGGCAAGCACAUUGACCCAGUAGAGUUGUAGUGACAUAUUUUGGGCAUUUAGAGAGAUCUAUUAUUUUGAAUGCUAGAAAGUAAAGAAAAUAUAUUAUAUAGUUCAAUGAAAACAAAGAAGGCUAUUAAAGGAGGAAAAUAAUGUACAGUACCAGUCAAAAGUUUGGACAAACCUACUCAUUCAAGGGUUUUGCUUUAUUUUUACUAUUUUCUACAUUGUAGAAUAAUAGUGAAGACAUCAAAACUAUGAAAUGUAGUAACCAAAAAAGUGUUAAACAAAUCCAAAUAUAUUUGAGAUUUGAGAUUCUUCAAAUAGCCACCCUUUUCCUUGAUGACAGCUUUGCACACUCUUGGCAUUCUCUCAACCAGCUUCACCUGGAAUGCUUUUCCAACAGUCUUGAAGGAGUUCCCACAUAUGCUGAGCACUUGUUGGCUGCUUUUCCUUCACUCUGCCGUCCGACUCAUCGCAAACCAUCUCAAUUGGGUUGAGGUCGGGGGUUGUGGAGGCCAGGUCAUCUGAUGCAGAACCCCAUCACUCUCCUUCUUGGUAAAAUAGCCCUUACACAGCCUGGAGGUGUGUUGGGUCGUUGUCCUGUUGAAAAACAAAUGAUAGUCUCACUAAGCCCAAAACAGAUGGAAUGGCAUAUCGCUGCAGAACGCUGUGGUAGCCAUGCUGGUUAAGUGUGCCUUGAAUUCUAAAUAAAUCACUGACAGUGUCACCAGCAAAGCACCCCCACACCAUAACACCUCCUCCUCAAUGCUUUAUGGUGGGAAAUACACAUGCGGAGAUCCGUUCACCCACGCCAUGUCUAACAAAGCCAUGGUGGUUGGAACCAAAAAUCUCCAAUUUGGACUCCAGACCAAAGAACAAAUUUCCACCGGUUUAAUGUCCAUUGCUCGUGUUUUCUUGGCCCAAGUAAGUCUCCUCUUAUUGGUGUCCUUUAGUAGUGUUUUCAUUGCAGCAAUUUGACCUUGAAGGCCUGAUUCACACAGUCCCCUCUGAACAGUUGAUGUUGAGAUGUGUCUGUUACUUGAACUCUGUGAAGCAUUUAUUUGGGCUGCAAUUUCUGAGUCUGGUAACUCUAAUGAACUUACUUACAAAGUUCUUGAAAUGUUCCUUAUUGACUGACCUUCAUGUCUUAAAGUAAUGAUGGAGCUGUUCUUGCCAUAAUAUGGACUUGGUAUUUUACAAUUUUUGUCUAUCUUCUGUAUAUCACCCCUACCUUGUCACAACACAACUGAUUGGCUCAAACGCAUUAAGGAGGAAAGAAAUUCCACAAAUGAACUCUUAAAAAGGCACACCUGUUAGUUGAAAUGCAUUCCAGGUGACUACCUCAUGAAGCUAGUUGAGAGAAAGCCAAGAGUGUGAAAAGCUGUCAUCAAGGCAAAGGGUGGCUAUUUGAAGAAUCUCAAAUAGAAAAUAUAAUUUUAUUGUAUUAACACUCUUUUGGUUACUACAUGAUUACAUAUGUGUUAUUUCAUAAUAUGUCUUCACUAUUAUGCUACAAUGUAGAAAAUAGUAAAAAUAAAGAAAAACCCUUGAAUGAGUAGAUGUGUCCAAAGUUUGACUGGUAGUGUAUAUAAUAAAAAUAUAAAUCUACCAAAAAAUAUAUGGGGGAUUGGAAAUUAUGCAGAUAAUUACAUUGAUAGAAGCCACAAUCUGUCUACAAUAUUAAAGCUGAUCUACCCCCCAAAAAAAGAAAAAACACGUUUCCAUUUUCAAUCGCUUGUUAUCAUACUACCGUCUGGCUAAAUCAGUGUAUUUUUGUAAAUACCAGAUCUUUAUGGCAAGACGCAUCAUUGACCCAAGUUGUCAAAAUCGGUCCAAUGGUGUCUGAGAUAUCGCGUGUGACAUACGUACUUACUUUACAUUCGUACUGUACGUACAUACGUACUUACGGACGGAGACAGAUCCAUAGUCCCCUCCCUGAUUUAAUCGUGGCGGACAACAAGGACCUUGAGUAUUCCCUCCAGUGGCAAAUCUCCCUUAUGAAAAUGAUUAGCUAAUCACACCCUUUUCCUAUCAAUUUGAGGAUUCCUUUCAUAUUUUGGUGUGUCAUUGGUGUUAAAAAAAAGUAAUCAUUUUAAUUGCAGUUGCUAUCACUGACUUUGCUGAUAACUACUUUAUUGAGGAAAAAUGUACUUACUAUGACUAUGUUAUGGGGUUGCCUCACCUGAUGUGGUUGCCUCAAUUGAAAUGUAAAAUGAAGGGCAAUUACAUUGCUAGCAAAAUUAUUCAUCAUAUCACUUUAGUAAAUCAUUUUUAAAGGGUUAAAGACUUAAUAUUUGACCGUCUGUGGCCUCCAUUUAAGAAAAUCCUAAUUUACCUAAAAUGUGUCAUUGGUGUUACCGUCAUUGGUGUUACUACUCCUACUGGUGACACAAUGUUAUCAUAAUGGUAUAAAUGAUUUAAAGUCAUUAAACUGCCAUAUUAGUUGAUUUGAAAUGGGAAGAUGUACCCAAAUACAUUUCAAUAAUUACAAUCUAGAGAAUGGACGUUUCCAAAAUCCCCAAAUGCCACUGCAAUUCAAGAACAACCCAGUUGUCAUUGUUUCCUUCAAGGAGUUAUGGUAAUUACAAAUGCAACUACGCAUUAUGAAUACAUUGUCUUAUAAAUGCAUGUGUGCUGGGCAUCCUAAAGAUAAAAGGGCACUCUUAAAAUAAUAACAUCAAUCAUAUAAUUUUACCAGGCUUUGGUUUGUGUCUUUAAAACAAUACUAAUCUGGAAUGUAUUAAGGGAUAUUAUGUGAGACAGCACUGCCGUGUAUUAUUGAAAUCUAACAUUAACUUUUUAUUUGAAAUAUCGCAACUCAGACACUUCUAAUGCUUUACUGACUGUUUCAUCUAGUAGUGCAUUGCAGUACACAUACUUAAAAAUACAUGCACAUGAUAUUAUUUGAAUGUUCAAUUGCACUGAAAUUCAUGGAAACAACAUGUACAUUAAACAUUUUGCACUGUAUGUACUGUUUAUUGUUACGAUAUGGGGUGGUUGUUUAGUGUUAGCACAUAGUACAGGGGUAGGCCACUCUGUUCCUGGAGUGCCUCAGGUACUGCAGGAUUGUAUCCCAACUAGGCACCACACUGAGCUACUUAGUUAAUUGAUCAGUUUAGUGAUUGCCUAAAUUCAACACAUCUGGUCCUCUAGGCCGGUUAAAUCAAAAACAGGACCACGGUUGCCUAACCUUGACAUAGUAGGUGGACAGCAUACUACCACUACAACGCUCCAUCCCCAAGUGGCAGCACCAACCGGGUCAGGUCUUGUGCUCUGCCAGGAAGCCUUGAUAAGCACACAAGUGCGGGCAAUUAAGUCAAUCACUGAGAGAAAGGUGGCCACAAGCCUCUCGGCCUGGCAGUGUUUGUUUUGUGUUAGCUUUAGUUAUGGGGCAUGCCUCUUUGCACUUUUGUUUUUACAUAUAUUUAUUUUGGCCAACAAAGGGGUCAAGACGGAGCUGGCCCUGGACCCCGGUAAGUUUGCUGUGUCCUGGGCACAUGUAUACAACAUGGUCCGCAUACUCUAACUUCUCACAUAAAUGCACACUUAAAAUCAGGUUACAGCCCAUGUAGCUAGUCCUAGGACCCCUAAACAUAGCAAGUGCAACAAUAUCAGUAGGGUAGCUAGCUGGUAUCGUUACAAUAUCCCUUGUGUAGUGAUAUGUGUAAUGAGUGUGUAGUCUUAAAACAUUAGGGGCUGGUUUCCCAGACACAGAUUAAGCCUAGUACUUGGACUAUUGCAUGCUCAAUGAAGAAACAGAAAACCAUUGUAACUUCAGUCCAGUCCUGCUCCAGCCAAUCCCCACUCUGUCUGCAGCAACAUUUUAUUUUCUGUGUGGGAGCAGCUCCCUAAUAUGCUUCAUCUGAAUAAUAAAUCACUUUCCAGAGAAGAGCUGCACUGUGUUGACAUCCCGCCUGCAUUGCACACAAUCUGUUCUCUUUAAGGCUGAAUAUUAAGAAAUACAAGAGUUUUCCGGGAAUGUGAGGGCAAGGUCGACCGAAAGACCACAAGAGAGGGAGGAAGAAAGAGGAAGGGAGAGCGAGAGGGAAGGAGUCAGAGAGGGAUGGGAUAGAGUAAAAUGUUUUGCGAUAGAAUGAGAGAGCCAAGAAGACGAGAACCUAUUUGACUGCCAGCAUCUUGUGGAGCUCUCUCUGUAUACACAGACUGAGACUAUCCCCUGAAGGACUGUGAGUAGAAGGGAGGUGGGAAGUGAGAAAGAAAACAACGAGGCUAAAGUCAAAAUGGCUACAGUCUUCUCUGGCUGUCACGCCCUGACUCUGGGGACUCUUAUUUGUUGAGUCAGGGUGUGAUUUUCUAUGUUGUGUUGUUCUAUGUUAUAGGUUCUUGUAUGGGUAUUUCUAUGUUGGCCGGUGUGGUUCCCAAUCAGAGGCAGCUGUCACUCGUUGUCUCUGAUUGGGGACCAUACUUAGGCAGCCUAUUGGCACUAGUGGGUUGUGGGAUCUUGUUCCGUGUGAGGUAUGUUGUUGGUGUACCUUGGGCUUCACGUUUCGUUUGUUGUUUUGUUGUUGUAUUUAUAAGUCAAAUAAACAUGUAUGCAUAUCACGCUGCGCCUUGGUCUGACCCGUCGAUGAACGAGCGUGACACUGGCUCUUAAUCUGGUACCCGUAAUUGAGUUUAGUUUCUGAAUGUCAGGUAUCCAUCCGCACUCCUUCCCAGCAUCUGCUGUCAACUUUAUCACAGCAUAGAGACUAAAACAGGAAACGAACUGUCCCUUUUGCUUGACUACCUUCCUGCUGUGGAAAGCACAAAGAAGAGUCAAAACAGCAGUCAGUGGUUGUUGUUGUCGUCGGCUUCGACAAGAGAACCCAUCUGUCAUCUCCUGGAGUGCCGGCUCCAGUUGCUGGGGGGGACCAGGAGCUGAGAAUCGAACUACAGGGAAUGCCAUCCUAGGUGAGGAGGUCUUCCAGACUGGGACAGCGCCGUUGGCCACGGAGAAGUCUGCGGAAGGCGGAUCACCGUAG